AUGUUUUAUGGAAAAUUUAUUUUCACAAAGUUUAUCGUUGUGUCAAUAUUUCUUACUCCUAUAUUGGCAGAAUGGAAUACAAGGGAUUAUAUAAGGAGGGAGCAUUCUCUUACAAAACCAUACCAAGGAAGUGGAAUGUCGGUGCCUUAUUGGGACUUCUUAGGUAGCACAAUAGUUACUUCAAAUUACGUCCGAUUAACACCCGAUUUGCAAUCGAAAUCCGGUGCUAUUUGGAACACAGUGCCAUGCCACACGCGGAACUGGGAGCUUCAAGUGCAGUUCAAAGUGCACGGACGUGGAAAAGACCUGUUUGGCGACGGUUUCGCCAUAUGGUACACCCGUGAUCGGAUGCAGCACGGCCCAGUGUUCGGCAGCAAGGACUACUUCCACGGACUGGCCAUUGUAUUAGAUACCUACAGCAACCAUAAUGGUGCUCAUAAUCAUCAGCACCCUUACAUCUCGGCCAUGAUAAACAACGGCACGCUGCACUACGAUCACGACCGGGACGGCACGCACACGCAACUGGCCGGCUGCGAGGCGAAGUUUCGUAAUUUCAACCACGAUACGCACCUCUCCAUCGUUUACAGAGACGAUACGCUUAUCGUAUCUACGGACUUGGAAGGCAAGAAUGCUUGGAAGGAAUGCUUGAAGGUGGAGAACGUAUUGUUACCGACAGGUUAUUUCUUCGGUGCUUCUGCAACUACUGGAGACUUGAGUGACAACCAUGACAUUAUUGCUAUUAAGAUGUAUGAACUUGAUCUUCUGGAAUCGCAAAACAAACAUGAAGACAGGUCAAACAUUAUUCCAUCAGCAGCGUCCUUCGAAGCCCCAAGAGAUAGAGUUGAAGACUCCAAACCGGCCAUGUCCGGAGUCAAAACCUUCCUAUACAUGAUGUUUGUAGCCAUAGUAAUCAUUGUAAUAGUCGUACUGGGUAUUAUGUGGUACCAGAAGAGACAAGAACAUUCUAGAAAGAGGCUGUAUUGA